CUGUACACAGCUUCAGAAAGGAGGCUGAACAGAAGGAGGAGUUCCGCAUUAGAGCGGAAGAGGGGAAACGCUUACCCUAACUUUACUGGACACAGGGCUCUCCUUGUUGUUGCCCAAGACGACGACAUUCAGGCUAAUUUACAGGAAGAGGAGGGGAAUUGGAGGAGGAGGAAAAUAAGGAGGAAUAGGAAGCUGAGGGCAGAAGGUGACUAACAGUGACUGUCACUCAGCCUGCUGCAGCCUGUAGGCGGAGGGGGGAGUGCCGUCACAACUAGUGAGACGGCACAUGAAUGCACUAGUCGGUUGGUCCCAGUCGCCAAACAACUGGCAACUGUCACGGAGUGUGUGCAGGGUUAAACACGUGGAGGAGCAGAUCUGUCUUGGCUACACUAUGUUGUCUUUGGGAUAGUUGAAGAGUUGCCGUUCGCACCGCCAUCGCCUGUCUUCAUCUCUCUCUCUGUCCCGCGACGUCCUGGAGAUUGACAUCCACUAUCGCCAGCAUCCCGAUAUGUAGCCAGCAGCACAAGCAGAGCGUAUUUCCCCCCUUUGUGAACUCCUUUUCCUCUUAAACAGCUUCCUCUACCUCUCGGGCUGGACUGCGGUGCAUUGACGUCGGCUCGCCCUCCCCUGCCCCCUCGACCCCCCGCAAUGGCCUCGCGGAUUGGCCUGCGGAUGCAGCUGAUGCGAGACCAGCUGCAGCAAGAGGAGCAGCGCGAGAGGCAGCAGAUAGAGCAGCAGAAUGCAGCCCUGCAAUACAUGCAGCAAUGCAUGGCUGUUCCACCUGCACCCACGCCAGCCAUUAGCACCCCACAGCAUCACCAAAGCAUGCAGGUCCCUGUGGAGGUUCUUAAGGUACAGACCCACCUCGAGAAUCCCACAGACUACCACAUCCGUCAGUCUCGGAGGCAACAGGUGAAAGAAUACCUGUCCACCACCUUUGCCACCAAACAGACGAUCCAUGCAGUAGCAGGUCUCGUGCCGCCCUCUCCCCCCACCAAUAUGGGACCUACAGGGGGUUCAUCGUCUGCCCCCCCACCCCUUCGCUCACCACACAUGCGCACUGAGCAGCUCAUGUCUGGAAACAGCGCCCCCAACAGUCCCAUGGCCAUGCUCAACAUCAGCUCCAGCCACGAGACAGAGAUGGAUGAGGUCAUUGAUGACAUCAUCAGCAUGCAGUCCAAUUACGACGAUAUUCAGGCAUACAUCGACCCUGUCCAGAUGCCAAACACACUCCCCCUUUCUACCAGUCACCUGGAUGUGUAUACAGGUCCGGGGAUGAAGGGUCCAGCCAUCGCUAUGACCAGCAACUCCUGUCCAGCCAACCUGACUGUCAAACGAGAAAUGUCAGAAAUCCGUGCACAGGCCAAGGAGAGACAGAAGAAAGACAACCACAAUCUGAUUGAAAGGAGGAGGCGAUUCAACAUCAAUGACCGUAUCAAGGAGUUGGCACCAUGAUUCCCAAACAAUGACCUUGAUAUGCGCUGGAACAAAGGCACUAUACUGCGGGCAUCUGUAGAGUACAUCAAACGCAUGCAGAAGGACGCACAUAGAUCCAGAGAGGUGGAAAAUAACUUCAAAAGGAUGGAGAUGGCCAACAAACAACUGAUGCUACGCAUCCAGGAGUUGGAGAUGCAGGCUCGUAUUCAUGGUCUCCCCAGCCCCUCUCCCUCAGCCCUGAACCCGCCUGACCCGAUGGGUUCUUACAUAAAACAAGAGACCAGCCCAGAGGAGAACCUCUCUCACUCCAUGGCACAAGCCCACCACCAUCCACAGCACCUACCCCAAAACCUGGCUCAUCCACAGGUCCAGCAGCACCACUUCCUCCAGCAGAGCCAACUCCAUCACCAGGGCCAGGUUCAGCAACCGCACAGGCAGCUGCCACCGCUCCCCCAACACAUGCAGCAGCCCCAGCCACCGAUCCAAUUCCCAGCUGUGGGCAGCUCCCAGCCAUUUGACUUUACCCAGUCGCUGGACUUGUGUGAUGGGAUACCUAACUUCUCAGACGGCAUGUCAGGGCUAGGCGACCUCGGUGGACUGGACGUCCAUGGCAGGAGAGGCGAGCUGGGCUUUCUGAUGAUGGACGAGCCCUUGUCGCCCAUGGGAGGAGACCCACUGCUCUCGGCGAUGUCGCCUGAAGCCUCGGUGGACUCCAGUCGCAGAUCCAGCUUCAGCAUAGAGGAUGGAGAUAUAUUGUAGGCACGUGCAUACCAGCACACACAUUCGGUCAGACAAAAGUGAGCCAAGCACAUGCAGAGGUUUUAGAAAAGGUUUCAGUGAAAAGGUAAAACCACUUUAAAAAGUAACGGUACGUCGGCACACAAUACACCACAUACAACAAAAAGGAUACGGCAACCAGACAUUUGCUGCGACACAUCAAGACACAUACUUUUCACAUCACACUAUUUGAACGCACACCAAUGACACUCAUUUAUGGUACAGUUACACCCCGCCCACAAACAAAAGAAGGUACACAACCAUCAUAGCCUACACUAAAAAAUGAUUAGUACGGUGCAAACGUUUGCACAUAGACACAAGCGCAUGUGAAAUAUACCGAGGAGCUUGAAUCUUUGCCCAACAAAUAAUUUACAAGAGGUGAAACAACACUGCCAGCUCAGGAGUGAUAUUGCACACUCGGCCUUGUUUCCGUAAAGGUUGCUCUGAAUCACAAUUGAACAAGGGACAAAACCGGCAGUUAAAUAGAUUGAAGUUAUUAGAUACAAGGACAACCAAGUGCAUUGUUUCACUUGAUAGAGGGCAAGUUAGGAUCACAAGUGCAGUCGGAUCGCAUUGUUUUCUUCCUCGAUGUGUUAUUCUAGUGUUGGCUUUUGCCUCUCGCAUCAGCUGUUUAGUCUUUGAAUCAGAUCCGUGAUAGCCUUUUUAAAGCCAAAGUGUCUUCUUCAAGCGCCCACAUUUUAGGAAACAUUGGAAAACUCACCAGAGGAGCUUGAUAAUCCAGGCUUUAGCAAAGCACCUUUAAUUUAUCGCAUGCAAUCCCACUUCUGGCUUUAGUCGUUGUGUUCUCCGAAACACACACUGCUGUCCCCCGGUUUCUACACCUUUAACACUUGACAGAGUCAUGAGCUUUACUGUGGAGAAAACAUUUGGAUGGCCUUCAGAAUACAGCGGGUCGUCCUAAACUGCGAGGUGUCAAAAUACUCAGGUACUGUAACAGAAUACACAGGGCGGAUCAUUUUUAAGCAGUAGCAGAUGUUAACCUGAACUGUGUCCAGCUCAUGGCCCCUAUCAGUGUUCCUUUAAAUUUUUUCAUAGAUCAUCAUUAGUAUUUCAUAUUUAAUAUCAACUCUAAUGAUGCUUAUUGAUGCUUACGAGGUUUGCUUCUGUACCAUCUAUAGCAGUGUCGAGGCAGGAGACAAACGCUGCAUUUUUAUUUCACCAUUUGUAGGAAUCAGCUUGCCCCGGUUGAAGGAAAUGAAUUGACCGGGUUCGAUCCUGUAAAGAGAAAGCGAUAUUUUGUCUCAACUGACAGCAGAUGUUGUGUAAUCUCCACAUGCACAACAUCAGCACGCAUUUGCAUGCAUUCACUGUCUCACUCUGUUCACAAGCAGGCAUGCAUUAAAUGUGCAUAGGCUCGCGAGGUUCGCAAACAUGCCUCAUAGUGUUCAUAUACAUUCAAUACAUACAGUGCUGCCUUGAGGCAGUUUUCAAAUCAGCAUGUUAAGUUUCCGGCUAUUCAGUUUCUCCCCCGACGAGUCGAUGGAAGAUGCCGGCUGUAGAGGUAAAACUCUGGUCCGCUUUUCCAACUACCACUUAAAGGGAAUCUGUUUUUUCCACUCGCUGCAGCGGUCAUAGUGAUGGUGAGGGAGGGCUGAAGUGGAACAGAUUUUUAUCUCUGCUGUGGUAAACCUGGGGCUUGGCUUUGAUUUGAUAUAGCUUAUAAUCAGUACUGAUUAAAGGUAGAAAGAAAUGUUUAUGGUGAUUUUGUUUUUGGUUGAUUAAAAUAACUGUUUGUUUUCUUUACUAUAGUUUGUUUAUUCUAUCUCUCAAAGCACUGGAAACUGUUAUUUUGACUUUGUAAAUGAAAAAUUAUGGAAUCACAUUUAUUUCAGUAACUUAAAUGUAUUUUAUUUGUAUUUGUUGUUUUAGAUCUAUUACAAUUUUAUUCCAAAACUACCCUUUCCUCUCCGAGCCAUUUUCUGUAAGCACACUGAAAAGGCACACCGGCCACAAUGUUUUAUUGAUUGGGGAACUGUUUGUAGACCUACAGAACAGAACUGACUUUAAAGAGAUGAAGAGAUUAUGUAUAUUUGCAAUGCCAUUUUUAUAUGAUUGGGUUUUUAUUGUUCCUUCUAUUUUAACUUUGAAUUUGGGAGACAGACAGAAACUUGAUUAUUUGAUUUGAUUAAAUUCAAAUUGCUCAUUUGAUGAAUCUAAGCUUCACCAAUAGUUCUGGUCGGACUUAAGCAGGUUGCCAUGCCCCCGUCCUUCCUGACUUUGGUUUCCAUGGAAACUAGAAGAUGACCGACUUCAAAUAAACUCUGAGCCGUGGAGGUAUGGUUGCCAUGGCUUGGUGUAACUGACUGAAUCGGUCGCUGUCUUUCUCCCAGAGUUGUGCCUUUUGCCUAUCAGCCACAGUUUGACUUUAGUUGCACUUUCACCCAGCCAACACUCCAAAGAACUGCUUAGGCCUCCUCUAUUCUUCCACUAGAGGACGCUGUGCAAAGCAAACGACACAGGUAGAAGUGGUUCUGAUUUUACUGAGAAUAUAAAUUUCACCAGAAUCCAUUCCCUGACUUAGUGUUUCUUAUUGAUGCAAUUUAUGAAACAUUUUGGGCGUGUGUGUGUUUUGAGAUCUCAUUUGGGGAGUUUUUGUAACAAGACAUUUAAAAUGUUGGUACUGUAAAUGCAGAAUAGUGUCAAGUCCAUAUCUUGUCCAUUAGUGAAAUGUAAGAUAGGGAAAGUAAGUAAAAAUGUUCUUUGCAUUUAUUCAUUAUUUUACUGUCUCAUUGGAUUUGUAAUUUGUUAUAGGCAGACAGAUUCAUAACAGCUGAAUGAAUGCUAUUACAUUAUAUGUCCACCAGACCGCACCAGAGACCCAUAAUGUAGAUGUGCCAGGUUAUUUUUUGUGUAUUCACACAAUUGGCGAGCAAACGUGAGAAAUGCAAGCUAUGUUUUUUUGUGCAGCAAACAACUGCAAUGCAUUUUGAUUUUCUUUAUUUCCUACUCUGGUGGCCUCCCAUUUCAUAAAAUCUCGGGCCUAGCAGGACAUACCAGUACAUACUUUAAACAAAAAUAAAUAUAAAGGUUUUGACAAAUUACAUUUAUUGAUGCAGAUUAGAUAAAAUCAUUUUCUUAAAUUCA